GAGAAACUUCUCUUAUACAUUUAGUGGGGGGGUUGACUAUACCGUAAUAAGCCCGCCUAUAUUCAUUGUUUAGUUGAUACGUUUAUACUGUCUUAACAUAUAUUAACCUUUUGAGUGUUGAAUAUUGUAAGCAGUUAUUUAAGAACCAGUCAACAAUUUUUAAUCAUGUAUAAUUAAUACAUUUUAGUAUAAUAUUUUUAUCUAUUAAUUAGUGUUGUUAUUUUAUUAAAUUUGCAAUAUACUUUCGUUCUCGGUCGAUGGCCAUGAAAUCUUCGUUCUCCUGGCUAACAUGUUUUUGUUUAAUUUUCGAAACGGGCAUUUUGUGUGAUACAAAACUCCAAAAACAACCUACCAUAUCUGCUUGUCCGGGUGUAACGGAAUAUGGGUGUGAAUCUGGUGAGUGCAUUGAUGUCUCAGAUACUUGUGAUGGAAUACGAGAUUGCAGUGAUGGAUCGGACGAAACAAGACUGUUGUGUGAAAUGGUCCUGUGUCCACCGUCUACAUUCAGGUGUAAAUAUGGCGCUUGUAUCAGUAACGAAUAUAGAUGUGACGGCGCCGAAGAUUGUAAUGAUGGUUCAGAUGAAAGAAUGUGUUCCAAUUCAACAUCAAGCACAGAAAACCCGAUAACCACGAAUCGUGUUAAGGCUACAUGCACUAUACCGGCAAUCGAAGGAACAAAAUAUUAUUAUAAAGACUCGAAUCAAAAUAUUUCUCUGCCUUAUGGCACUGAAAUUGAACAAUAUCGCAUAAUUGAAGAAGACUGCGAAGCUGGGUAUUAUAAAGUUGUUCCUUACAGAUUUAUGGUGUGUUCGGAUUUCGGACUAUGGAGACCAUUCGUUACUAAAGAAUUAUGUUUGAAAAUGUGUCCACCUAUGAAAUCAGAUAGUUUGGAUUUUGAAUGUACUUUUGAGGAUAAAUAUAUUAGUUGCUUAACUCCAUUACCUGGCACUAUAUUGUAUCAAACAUGUAAAGUCACUCAUAGAUUACUAAUCGGACAUGAACAAGUCCCAAUUCAAUUACAUUGUCUGGAAAAUGCAACAUGGAGUGAUGAUGAUCUAUAUACGUGUAUUCCAAGAGUAAGUGUUCAUUCAAGUCCUCCAAAAUCGCAACAAACUCAAGUAACCAAUCAGACUAAAUGCAUAAAUAAAGAUGAGUACCGCUGUUCAUCUGGCCAAUGUAUAGGUAUAUCAUUCCUAUGUGAUGGACCUUCAGAUUGCACUGACGGAUCUGACGAAACAUCGGAAUUGUGUCAUUCAAGGGUGUGUCCAACGAAUAAGUUCAAGUGCAACUAUGGUGCCUGUAUAAGUAAUAAAGAAAAAUGCGACGGUUUGCAGCACUGUACUGACGGUUCUGAUGAAGCAGACUGCAAUGUCUUCGGAAAGCCCAAACCGUUGACAUUAGCUAACCCAAAUUCACAAAUCACACAGAGACCGAACACUACCUCAAGACCAGCAACUCAAACUAAUAAUAUGAGGUCAUGCAUGGUACCGUAUAUGGAGGGAACUGUGUAUUCUUUAUUCGAAACUGAAUCAGAUCAAAAUCCUUCUUUAUCACCUGGGUCAUUAGUUGGUCCGAGUACCGCAGUUGAAGAGACCUGCGAAGAAGGAUAUUAUAAAACUACUUCUAAUAGAAUUAUAAUUUGUUCAGGAAAUGGAAAAUGGAAACCUAAGGCUGAUAAAUUAUGUUUGAAAAGAUGCCCAUCUGUGUUUUCGGAAAGCUUAGAUGUCGAAUGUAUUUUCAAUGGUAAAAAAUAUGAUUGUUCAAACCCAUCAAUACCGGGCACUGUAUUAACACCAAAAUGUAAAGUUACACACACUAUACCAAAUGGACAAAUAGAGACACCAAUUAAAUUACGUUGUCAACAAGAUGGAAAAUGGAGUGACCGACUUUACACGUGUAUCCCAUAUUGUGGCCGACCAUAUACUCCAAACAAAAUAUUGAUUCUAAAUGGUGUUGAAGCUAAAUAUGGAUCAGCCCCUUGGAAUGUUGGAGUGUAUCGAAAAUCUAACAACAAUAGUUUUAGCAUGAUAUGUGGAGGAUCACUGAUUUCUACAAAUUUAGUUGUAUCUGCUGCUCAUUGCUUUUGGCAAGAAAGGUUGACUAGUAGAAUAUUAUUAAACGAUGGUACGUAUAAAGUUGGCGUUGGAAAGUACAAGAGUGACAUUACAAUUAAGGACAAUGAAUUUACCCAGAUUUUCGAUGUGGGAUUGAUUUACUUGAAAGAAGGUUAUUAUGGUUCUUCCGGAUUUCAUGCUGAAGAUCUAGCUAUUAUUGUGUUAUCAAACAAACUUAAACUAAGUGAUGUAGUUAUGCCUGUUUGUGUGGACUGGUCUAAAAGAUAUUCCGUUUUAAAUGGAGCUGUUGGAAAAGGACGUCUCAAUAAUACAGCUGAUUUUCUACCUGAAAAAGAAUAUGAAUGUACUUGGAAUAUGAUUUGGUACUUUAAGGUCGUUGGCUGGGGACAAACAGAAAAUAUGGUAGGAAGUACUGUUUUAUUAGAAGCUAAUAUACCAUAUAUUGACCAUCAGACUUGUCGGAAUAUGUAUCAAAAUGGAUUUCAAAUCUUCAUUACUGUUGAUAAAUUCUGCGCCGGUACUAAAAGUGAACAAGGAGUUCAUCAAGGUGAUAGUGGUGCUGGAUUUACCUUAGAACAUAACUCUUUGCAUUUUUUAACUGGAGUUGUGAGUGUAAAGGAUGCUACCACAAAUGAUUCAAUCGCAGUUUUUACAGACGUCAGCCGCCACGUUGCAUGGAUUCAUGACAUUUAUACUAAUUAUACUUAUGCAAUUGAAAGUUUUUCUAGGUCUGUUUUUGAAUGAUUGUAUCACAAACACAAAGGAUUGAUACGAUAUAUAUUUUAAAAUUAUAUUGAAUUUAUUAAAUUAUGAGUUGAUCUUCUGUGUCAAUAACUGAAUUCGGAUUUAUGUUAGGUGCAUAAUAUAUAUAUUAUAUUUUCAUGUUUGGUAUUUAGUAAUAAAUUAUUGUGCUAUUUCAUAAU